AUGGAGGAGAAUGCAAACUAUGCAGACGAUUUAAGCGGAUUCGACUAUAUCUUAAAUGAAGAAAUUGAUAAGGAAAAAAAUAAAAGAGAUAAAAAUAAAUUUGAUAUAUACGAGGAAUAUGAAUUAUUAUUAAAUAAAAAAAAAAAAAGACGAAAUGAAAAUAUCCAUAAUAAUAAUUAUAAUAAUAAUAAUAAUAAUAAAAGAGGAAAUUAUGGAAAUAACGAAAGUUUUUUACUGAGCCAUUUCCAUAAAGGUAUAAUAGAUAACAAAUUUUCAAACAAUUAUAUUUUUAAUGAUUAUAUAUUCUUAAGAGAAUAUGUCUAUAAGAAUAAUUUAUUAAAUGAUGAUAUAUUUUUUAAAAAAGAAGAAACCAUUAUACAAAAAAGAAAAGAAAGAAAGAAAUUACUAAAUAGUAAUGAAGAUAUUAGUGAUUUUAUUAAAAUAUAUGAUUGUAACAACAAUUAUCCUCCAAUGUACAUACAAAAAAGGAAAGACGACAAAACGAACAAUAUAAAUCAUGAUAAUGUGAAUACAUGUGUAGAAACGCAAAGUGAGGAACACACAUCAGGACAUAAUAAUUUCCUGAGAAAAAAUAAUAAAGAUUUUAGGAAAUUAUUAGAAGAAUUGUUAAUACAAAUUAAGGAAGAAGAUAAAAUUAUUAGUGAAUUGAAAAGGAAAAAAGAACAAGAAAAAAAAAAUGAAGAGGAAAAAUUCAAAGAGGAAAAUUUGACAGACAUAGAAGAGAAAAGAAAAAAACAAACAAACAAUUAUCAUCAUAAUAAUAACAAUAUAAAUGUUGAAGAUAAAUUAAAAUAUGAUAUCAUAAAAAAUAAAUUAAAAGAAUCCAAUCCAAAUAUGUAUAAUAACACCUUUUCUUCAAAUAUGAAUAGAGGAAAAAAAAAAAAAAAUGAUGAUGAUAAUGAUGAUAAUAAUAAUAAUAAGAAGAUGAAUAAAAAUAUAAAUUUUGUAGAAAAAUAUCGAGCUAAAUAUUUUUCUGAAUUAUUAACAGACGAAUCAAUCAAUCUUGAAGUCUUAUUAUGGUUAAAGAAAUGGAAUGAUAAAAUAAGAAAUGAAAAAAAUAUAAAUACAUAUAAUGAUAUUAAAACAGAACAAGUAAUAAAAGAUAAUGAUUUUGAAAGGGUUUUGUUAUUAGGAGGGUCAUCAGGAAAAGGAAAAACAACAUUAGCUUAUGUUAUUGCUAAUCAUUUCAAAUUUAAUAUUAUCGAAAUAAAUGGUAGUGAUGAUCGAAAUAAAGAAACACUCAUACCCUUUAUAGAAUCUGUUGUAUGUAUUAAUUCUGUUACUUCAAAACCAAAUUUAUGUAUCAUAGACGAAAUCGAUGGUUUGUCUAGUACACAUCAAAAUAUUGAUAGUAUAAUGAAAUUUUUAAAUAAAAAAGAUAAAAAAAAUAAAAGCAUUAUAAAAAGACCUAUUAUAUGUAUAUGUAAUGAUAUAUAUCAUAAAAGUUUAAAGGAAUUAAGGAAAAUUAGUAAAGUAGUUAUUGUGGAAAAUAUUAAUAUAGAAAUGUUAAAAAUACGAAUCAAUUAUAUUUGUGAUAAAGAAAAUAUUAAAAUUAAUAAUGAAGCUAUAAAUAAGCUAAUAGAUAUAUGUAAAAGUGAUAUACGAUCAAUAUUAAAUACUAUAUAUUUUUUAAGCAUAGGUUCAAGAAAUACUACACAUGUACAAAAUAAUAAUAGUAUAUCUACCUUUGGUGAACCUAAAGAAAAUAAAGGUAAGUAUAUAAUAGGAUAUCAAAAUAUUACUUCCACACAAAAUAAUGCAUAUACAACAACAAGUAUUAAUAAUAUAUAUGAUGAUUCAAGUAAAAACAAAAAGGUUGUUAUAAUAAAUAUAGAACUAUUAAAUUCGUACUUAUUUUAUAAAGAUGCUAAUAAUAAUUAUAUAGAACUAUUAAAUAUGAUAUAUGUAAAAAAUAAAAAUAAAAAAAUAACAAAGAAAUUAUUACAAGAUUGUCAUGAUUUUUUUUAUAUUAAUUUAGCUAAUGAAUAUAAUUAUACACAAUCAUAUUAUUAUAUAUAUGAUAAUUUAUUAAAUAUACCAUUUAAUGAUUUUGAUUUUUGUAAAUUAUCUUAUUGUUUAGAUUUUUUAUGUUUCUGUGAUAAUAUCGAAUAUGAACAAAAAAAUAUUUUAAAUUAUUCUUUACAAAAAACACUUUAUUAUGUUGUUUAUUUAUUUAUUAUAACCAUUCAUUUAAAUACCAAUUCUCAUAUUCAAUAUAUACUAAUUAAUAAUAGUCAUAGUAAUUAUUUCCAAAGAAAAAAAAAUCAAGUACAAAAAAUUAAAGAUAAUUUUGUAAAUGAACAAUUUGGUGUUAUAACAUAUAAAUAUAUAUAUUCGAAACAUUUUUUUUCUGAAAUUAUUAAUUAUCUUUUUUCCUUUUUCUAUAUGAAUGAAUUUUUUUUUAAAAAUGUACAUUUAUGGGGUAAAUAUUCAUAUUAUAAUGAUUUAGAUUUACCAAAGUAUAUAUUAGUACCAUAUGAAUAUAAAAAUAUUAAUAAAUUUAAAACAUUCUGUAUCAAACUUUUAUAUAUUAUGACUCUAUUCAAUAUAUCCUUUACAAACAUAUCUAUAUCAGCAACUUCAUCAAAUGGAUUCCCUAAUAAUACUAUCACAAACAAUAUUAAUCAAAAUCAAAAUAUAAAUAAAAAUAUAAAUAAAAAUAUAAAUACAAAUCAAAAUAUAAAUCAAAAUAUAAAUAUAAAUACAUAUACACAUCCAAACUAUAAUGAAAAAUUUAAUUCUUAUAAAAAUUCAUCAAAAGAUAAGUUAUAUAUAUUUGAUCCAUUCGUAGACGAUAUUCUAAUUUUUGCAGAUAAAAAAAUUCAUCUUUUUUCAAAUUCUCAAAAUAUUAAUAGUAAAUAUAUCCCACCUAAUGUUAUUACAAACACUUUUCAUUUCAGAACAUUAACUAACUUCCUAAAUACUCAAGUAUGUGAAAGCUUAAACGAAUUAAAAAAAUGGGUUAAUAAUACAUCUAUUCAAAUUCAUAACAAAAAAAAUCUCAUGGACCAUAUGCAAAUUAUUAAGGCACACAAAAAAAACAAUCUUAAUAAUCAUAAUAAUCUUAACAAAUCAACAUUCGAAGUUACAUAUUGUCCAAAUUUUCAUAUAUCAUUAACGGAUAUGAUUUUAAUAGCAUAUCAAAAUUCCUAUACCAAAUCUUUUCAAACCUAUUUUGAACACGAACAAAAUAAUCAAAAUAAUACAAAACCCAUAAAUAAAGAUGAUCAAGAAAAACAAUUCAACGUUCAACACAAUAUUCUUAAAACGAAAGUCCUAUUUAAUAAACAACAUACUAAUCUAACCAUCUCAGAUCUAGUUACACAAGAAAAACAAUACAUGAAAGAUACCAUAAAUAAAGAUAUACAAUUAUAUUUCGCAGGCAGAUAUGUAAAGACAAAAGGAUCUUACAGAAAUAUUGAAGAACGAUGUAAUGCAGUCUUACAACCAUUAAACUUUUAUAUAUAUAAAAUUGAUUAA